GGGUAUAAUAAUGUUUGGUUGUUGUUAUGCACAAGAACCAAGAAAACCCACUUGGUACCUCCCACCCUGUUCUGGCCAUUUCUCCACCGAUACUAUCACUUGAAUUUAUAAAUAUGUAGGUAUGUAUGAAUCUAAAGUGACAGCAAUGGGGCGUCUGAGAUACUGAAGGGGCCGGCCGCGUCGUCUUGACUAAGAAACGUCCAAGCAGCUGGAAGACAAGGAGGAGCGGAAGAUGUUGGCAAGCGCGGUUCUGCGUGCGAUGGAGGAGUGCACCUUCACCUCGGCGGCCAUGGCCGUGGGGUUCCUGCUGGUCGUGUACCUGUACGAGCCGUACUGGAAGGUGCGGCACGUGCCGGGGCCCGUUCCGCUGCCGUUCGUCGGCCACCUCCACCUGCUGGCGAGGCACGGCCCGGACGUCUUCCUCGUGCUCGCCAAGAAGUACGGGCCAAUCUUCAGGUUGGUCGGUGAUACGAUCCGCUCCUCCUGUUCCUGCUUCACUUCUACUAGCUCGUCGAUUCUCUUGCAGCAGGUUCCACAUGGGAAGGCAACCUUUGGUCAUCGUGGCCAACGCAGAGCUCUGCAAGGAGGUCGGCAUCAAGAAGUUCAAGAGCAUGCCGAACCGGAGCUUACCUUCGGCCAUCGCCAAUUCCCCGAUCCACCUCAAAGGCCUCUUCUCGACAAGGGAUUCACGGUGGUCGGCGUUGCGAAACAUCAUCGUCUCCAUCUACCAGCCCUCGCACCUGGCGGGGCUGAUCCCGAGCAUGCAGUCGCACAUCGAGCGCGCGGCCACGAACCUGGACGACGGCGGCGAGGCCGAGGUCGCCUUCUCCAAGCUCGCGCUCAGCCUCGCCACCGACGUGAUCGGACAGGCGGCGUUCGGCGCGGACUUCGGCCUGACCACAAAGCCUGCCGCGCCGCCCCCUCACCACGGACCACCACGACAGCACGGCGAGGAAGACGGAGACGGUAGUCACAGCACCAGGUCGUCGGAGUUCAUAAAGAUGCACAUCCACUCGACCACGUCGCUGAAGAUGGACCUGUCGGGGUCGCUGUCCACCAUCGUCGGCACGCUCCUGCCCGUGCUGCAGUGGCCGCUACGGCAGCUGCUCCUGCGGGUCCCGGGCGCCGCCGACAGGGAGAUCCAGCGCGUCAACGGCGCGCUCUGCCGGAUGAUGGACGGCAUCGUGGCCGACAGGGUGGCCGCGAGGGAGCGCGCGCCCCAAGCCCAGCGGCAGAAAGACUUCCUGUCCGUGGUCCUCGCCGCGCGCGACAGCGACGCGGCCGCGCGGAAGCUGCUCACGCCGGACUACCUCAGCGCUCUCACCUACGAGCACCUCCUCGCCGGGUCGGCCACCACGGCCUUCACGCUGUCCUCCGUGCUCUACCUCGUCGCCCAGCACCCGCGGGUGGAGGAGAAGCUGCUGAGGGAGGUUGACGCGUUCGGACCUCCGGACCGCGUUCCCACGGCGGAAGAUCUUCAGAGCCGCUUCCCCUACACCGAUCAGGUGCUGAAGGAAUCGAUGAGAUUUUUCAUGGUCUCGCCGCUGGUUGCGCGGGAGACCUCUGAGCAGGUGGACAUCGCUGGCUAUGUCCUGCCCAAGAGUACGUGGGUGUGGAUGGCACCGGGGGUUCUGGCAAAGGACCCCGUCAACUUCCCUGAGCCAGAGCUCUUCCGGCCGGAGCGGUUCGACCCUGCCGGCGACGAGCAGAAGAGGCGGCACCCCUACGCGUUCAUCCCGUUCGGAAUCGGUCCCAGGAUUUGCAUCGGCCAGAGGUUCUCCAUCCAGGAGAUCAAGCUUGCGCUGAUCCACCUCUACCGGCAGUACGUGUUCCGGCACUCUCCAAGCAUGGAGUCCCCUUUGGAGUUUCAGUUCGGUGUUGUGCUCAACUUCAAACAUGGAGUGAAGCUUCAGUCCAUCAAGAGGCACAAAUGUUAGAUCGGCGCGGUGGUGUUGAUUAUUCUGAUCCUUGAUCUAUCUUUGUGCAAAUAAAGGUGCAACGUAUACGGUCAUACAUGCACAUUUUGCAAAAGGAAACAAUAUGGGGGUGAUUGGUCUCAACUUAACCUGUAUUAUGCAACAUAACUCAUCAAGGCAAGCCAACACAAAUGUGUGCAAUAUGUUACUGUUUGGCCUACUCAA